GAAGUGUGUGUUUUGUUGAUAAACUCGAGUGUGGGUGAUCGAAGAUCGAAGGGAGUUCCAAGGUUUUGAUCUCAUGGAGGGAGAAGAGAGUUUGUUGGAUGCUAUUAAUGAAGAAGACGGAUUUGAAAACAUGGAGGAUGUUGACAUGGUUGAUGUUGAAGAAGGGGAGAUUGUUGUGGAUCAUGGCUUAGAUUCUGGAGAGAGACAAAAUGUUGAUGGUGAUGGUGAUGGAGUCAAAGAUCAAGAAGGGAUUUUGGGUGAGAAGAAUGGACAGCAGCAGCCAAACAAGAACAAGAACAAGAAGAAAAAGAAGAAAAAGAGAAAAGGCCCUGUGAUGGACAAACCCAUGAGUGUAGACUGGUUUGUUAGGGAUACUUGUAGACGCCUCAAGGAAAAGAAGUCUUACAUGGUAUACACAGCUGUUGGGUGUCUUGGAAUUGCUGCCUUAAGUGAUCUUGUCAAUGAGGUGGUAGCAAUUGAGACCUGUGGAGGUCAGUUGACUGCUGAUGGCAAUAGGAAACGGUCAAGUGGUGGUGUAUUGUGGAACAUCAUCAAAGCGAGACAGCCUGCAGCUCAUAGAGAGAUAAUGAAAAAGACCAAGGAGUUUGAGAAACAAUUUAGGCAACCAAACACGAGACCGAAAUCAGGGCCUUCUGGAAAUGCAUCCGCUGAUGAAGCUCUGGUAGCUGAGCAGACUGAAUCCAAACCGGAAAAGGAAAGGAAAUCUGUUCAUGAGAGGAUCAGGGCACCUGUUUCAUAUGAUGACCUUAUCAGAGAUUAACCUUUGGAUGCUUCACUAGCUCAUUUAUAAACUGUUUGCCUUAAG